AUGCCCUCACGGCUUGGAAUCUUUCCGAAAAGGAGUCGUGGAAACGAUGUUCACAGGCCCACUAACCUCAGGCAGCAUCUGCCACUCUACGAUGAGGACCCAAGGCCAAGCAAAAGAUUGAAUGGUGCCAACGAUUCCCAAAAUCCCACAAGGGUGAAUGGUGCCGUCGAUUUUCGAAAUCCCUUGUCGAUGGACACCGCACGGUCGGCCAACGGUGCGAGUCGAGUGACAGGCCUGAUCCACCAGGAGGACAAGAUUCAAAAUGGGUUGACAAAGGAUGUGAAGGAUAUCGUCUAUCAGUCUAGGAUGAUCAGAAAGGCCUGA